AUGUGCAGGCGCUUGCUGCUCCCGUGGAUUCCGAGCGUCUUCUAAACCAUCCAAAAUUGCCAGCAUUUUUCGUGAAUGUGCUCUGAGGUUCAUCUGUAUUUGUUUAGCCUCAGUUUACAUAGAAGCCCCUGUCGGUGAGAUAAAUCGCCACGCCGCCUACAGCGAGAGACCGCCCAAAAUCUUUCUUGCGGUGCAUAAUAACAGAUUAACCCACUACGGUGCCUUUUAUGGACAGGCCUACAGGACAAUUAUAAUGGCAAUAAUUAUCGUCAAAAAUUAUGUAUAAUAACACGUUUUUAUAUCACAAUCUGUAUGCAUUGCAAAUUCAUUUUACAUAGGAUAUACAUGAGAGCUGUGGUAAAGAGUUUUGGGGGGAUCUUUAUUGAGCAUGCGAAACUGAAAUAAGCCCACUAUAGUGCACAUGGUAACAGUGAUAGCCUAGACUUUUUGAUGUGUCUGUCUAUAGAAAAGAACGUGUUUCAUACAUAGAGGGACACACACUGGAACAGGGCAGACUAAUAGACGGGACAGUCCUCAGAUCUAUUGAAGCACUAUGGAAGAAGUUAGUACAAUGCUGCCACCUACUGCAGAAUCUGUCUCUGUCUCUCUGUGUGUGUGUCUCUGUGUGUGUGUCUCUGUGUGUGUGUCUCUGUGUGUGUGUCUCUGUGUGUGUCUCUGUGUGUGUCUCUGUGUGUGUGUGUGUGUCUCUCUCUCUCUCUCUCUCUCUCUCUCUCUCUCUCUCUCUCUCUCUCUCUCUCUCUCUCUCUCUCUCUCUCUCUCUCUCUCUCUCUCUCUCUCUCUCUCUGUAGGCCCUUUCUGCUUAAAAUGUGAAUAUGUAAAUAUUUGAAGGUAUUAGGAAGUACAUAAGUUGGUUGGUACACGCGCAGAAGUCAAACAAAUAUUUUGUACACACAAAACAAUUAGGAAGCCUUUCAUGUAAUAGAGAUAAAGGACCAAACUACUGUAUUUCAUACAUAAAACUUUUUAGUGACCUCGUAUUUAGACCAGCCCUAAUGUCAGAAACAUUUUCUUGAGUUGAGAGAUCCAAACAGGCUUUGGCUCUUUUUUUCUUUUUUUUAACACAAAGGCCUCCAGUUGUUCCUGGGCAGAGUGCCAGCUGCUCAGCGACCUGCUUCUUCCUCCUGAUAUUAAAUUCCUCUGGCAUGUACUCUGCCCUGGAUGAUGCCAGCCCACCACCAGGCCUCAAGAGUAAAUAUUUCCAGCUGGCACAGUUGCUGUGCUGCUCUGGUGAGGUAAUUCAUAGCUUUUCUGUAAGGGUCUUACAGUUAAUAAUUUAUGUAGUUUUCACCAUAUUCAUUUGGAGGCACAUCUGUUUUGUUCAUUUCUAUUUCCUCUUUCCAACCAAUAUAAACUGUUACUUUGUUGCGUUACACUGCAUUAGCUUAUAAUUGGACUAUUGGAGUCCGAUUCCGACCCUAGUUAGGCGCGCGUAAAUGGAACAUAAUUCCCUUUUUAUACACUUUUCUCUCUACACGUAUUCAGACCUUGAAUUUAAGCAUGAGAAUAACAUGCUAUUCAUCCGUUUGCCCACUGACAAAGACAUGAUUAGUCUAUAAUUUUAAUGGUAGGUUUAUUUGAACAGUGAGAGACAGAAUAACAACAAAAAAAUCCAGAAAAAACGCAUGUCAAAAAUGUUAUAAAUUCAUUUGUUGGACGUGGAGGACAUGUUCUUGAGCUGAGCGGGAAAAAACUAGGAUGUCAUCGAGGUAGAUAAUGACGAACCGGUUCAACAUGUCACGGAGAACAUCGUUAACCAGGGCCUAGAACACUUCAAGAGCAUUGGUUAGUCUGAAUUGCAUCGCCAGGUAUUCGUAGUGCCUGCUAGCCGUGUCAAAGGCUGUCUUCCACUCGUCUCCUUCCUGUAUCCACACCAGAUGGUAGGCGUUCCGAAGGUCCAACUUUGAUAUGAUCGUAGCCCCCUGGAGCGGCUUGAAAGCCGAGGUGAUAAGUGGUAGAGGGUAAACAUUUUUAACCGUGACAUCAUUAAGGCCCCGGUAGUCGAUACAUGGGCGCAGAGUUUUGUCCUUCUCAACAAAGAAGAACCCUGAGCCAGCGGGGGAGGCAGAAGGACGGAAACACCCUGCAGCCAGGGAGUCCUUAAUGUACCUUUCCAUCGCCUUGGUCUCCGGACCCGACAGGGAAUAAAGCCGCCCCCGAGGUGGUGUAGUGCCCGGGAGAAGGUCAAUAGCGCAGUCGUAGGGCUGAUGCGGAGGAAGCGAUGUGGCACAGGCCUUGUUGAAAACCUCCUGGAGGUCCUGGUACUCCACGGGAAUGGCGGAGAGGUCGAGGCUUUUUCCAAGUCGGCAGGAAGACAUCCUGGGGCUGGCUGCGCCAAACUACAGGCAAUGAGCAUGGCAGAACGGGCUCCAACACUUGAUAGAACUAAGUCCAGUUGAUAAGGGGAUUGUGCCUCUGGAACCAUGAAAACCCUGAGGAGAUACGAUGAGCAGAAAUUGCAUAGACUCACUGUGGUUACCUGACACUCGCAGGUUGAUAGGAACAGUAUUGUGGGUGACUCUGCCAAUAGAGCGCCCAUCCAGCGCUCUGACAUCCAUGGGAAUGGAGAGGGGUUGAGUGGGGAUUCCCAGCUCUGACACCAGGGUAGUGUCCAUAAAACUCUUGUUGGCCCAAGAGUCAAUGAGUACCCGGAGAGAUUUAUACCAGUCACCCCACAGCAGGAUGGCAUGGAGAGGGGUACGAGUAAUGGAAGAUUGGAAAUUCUCCGUAUGGUCCACCAGCGUACUUGUACCUACUGAUGGGCCUGGUCUUUUAAUGGACAGGAAGAAAUGUAAUGACCUGUAGUCCCACAAUACAGACAGCUCUUGGUGUUCAGUCUGCGUAAACGUUCGGCAGGAGACAAUCUAGCUCUGCCAAGUUGCAUAGGCUCCGGAGGAGGCGAGUCGGCAGACCUCAGUGAUUCCGGGGGGGAACUCGGGUAACCUCGUAUUAUCUCGGUAAUGUAGACACCGGGGACUUCCGGUAUUCCUCGGAGGCAAAGUGGGAUCCUUGGACGAGCGAGUGUGAAUGAGAACAGACCUAUUUUCCCUCCUACGUUCCCGUAGCCGCCUAAAUAUCCAUAUGGUCAAGGCGAUGAGAGAGUCGAGAUCCAUGGGCAGCUCCCGGGCUGCGAGCUCGUAUUUAACCUCCUCCAAUAAUCCGUGAAGGAAUGUGUCGAACAGGGAUUCCGGAUUCCAGGCACUCUCGGCGGCCAACGUGCAUUAAUCGACCGCAUAGUCUGCCACACUACGGGACUCUUGACGUAGUAGGAGUAGUUUCUGAGCAGCCCCUCUCCCGGACAAGAGAGAAUCUAACACAAUUUUUCACCUCCGCCAUGAACUCCUCCAGACUGAAGCACACGGUGGAUUGUUGCUCCCACACCGCCGUAGCCCAGGCGAGAGCCCUCCCGGACAUCAGCAUUAUAAGGUACGCUAUCUUCGAGCAUUCCGAGGGAAAAGAGGAGGGCUGCAGCUCGAAGAUUAGGGAGCACUGGGAGAGAAACACCCGACAGGUUCCUGAAUCUCCAGCGUAGUGUUCUGGAGGAGGUAAGCAGGGUUCUCGGCAAGCUGGGGUGGGCUGGGGAGACGCGCUGCUGACAGUGGGGUUACAGUAGUGACUGGCUGCCUAAUAGACAUUGAAAGUGCGGUCAUGGCGUUCCGCCAAGGUUUGGAAUCCUUCCAUAAAAUUUUGAAUAACUCCUCAUGUCUUCCAAUGGUGGCUCCUUGGGAGGAGACGGCAUUGCAGAGCUGGUCCAAGUCUGCUGGGUCAGUCAUGGCAAGUUCGUACUAACACGACUCAGGAUAAGACCCAGAUGCAGACACAGGAGGCAGAGAGUUCAAAUCUCAGAUGUUUAUUACAAAACAGGAGGCAGGCAAAUGGCAGGUCAAGCAGAGGUCAGUAAUCCAAGGCAGCUUCAAUCAGGGACAGAACGGCAGUUAGGCUCAGGGUCAGGGCAGGCAGAAUGGUCAGUAAUCCAAGGCAGCGUUAACCAGGGACAGAACGGCAGGCAGGCUCAGGGUCAGGGCAGGCAGAAUGGUCAGUAAUCCAAGGCAGUGUUAACCAGGGACAGAACGGUAGGCAGGCUCAGGGUCAGGGCAGGCAGAAUGGUCAGAAACGGGAGGACUAGAAAACAGAAACUAGAGACGCUGGAAAACGGGGAAAACAUGCUGGAAAGACUUGACAAGACAAGACAAACUGGCAACAGACAAACAGAAAACGCAGGUAGAAAUACACAGGGGAUAGUGGGGAAAAUGGGAGACACCUAGUGGGGGUGGAGACAAGCACAAGACAGGUGAAACAGAUCAGGGUGUGACACUGCAUGCCUCCAGACGCUCCGCAAUUGCGUCACACCGUCCAUAAGAAGCCGCUGACCACAUUUUCAGAUCAAGCAUAAAUUUAAGCGGCCUCCUAUGUCGCUUAUGCCUAGGGCUGGUCCUGUGCUAACUCCUCUAUCUCGAGUCAUAGGACACCCCAUCAGGAUAAGGGUCUGACAGUACCCUAUCCUGAGUUGUCUCUCUAUCACGUUUCAGGAGAAGACCCAGAUGCAGAUAGUUUCGAAGUAACCAAAGGUUAUUACAAAAACAGGGGGCAGGCAAACGACAGGUCAAGGGCAGGCAGAGGUCAGUAAUCCAGAUCAGAGUCCAAAAGGUACAGAACAGCAGGCAGUCUCAGGGUCAGGACAGGCAGAGGUCAAUAAUCCAGGGUGGUGUGACAAGGUACAGAACGGCAGGCAGGCUCAGGGUCAGUGCAGGCAGAAUGGUCAAAACCGGGAAAAAAAGGCUGGUAGGCUUGACUAAACAAAACAAACUGGCAAAAGACAAACAGAGAACACAGGUAUACAGUAAGGGAAAAAAGUAUUUGAUCCCCUGCUGAUUUUGUACGUUUGCCCACUGACAAAGAAAUUAUCAGUCUAUAAUUUUAGAUUUCUGGCUCCCAGGUGUCUUUUAUACAGGUAACCAGCUGAGAUUAGGAGCACACUCUUAAAGGGAGUGCUCCUAAUCUCAGUUUGUUAUCUGUAUAAAAGACACCUGUCCACAGAAACAAUCAAUCAAUCAGAUUCCAAACUCUCCACCAUGGCCAAGACCAAAGAGCUCUCCAAGGAUGUCAGGGACAAGAUUGUAGACCUACACAAGGCUGGAAUGGGCUACAAGACCAUCGCCAAGCAGCUUGGUGAGAAGGUGACAACAGUUGGUGCGAUUAUUCGCAAAUGGAAGAAACACAAAAGAACUGUCAAUCUCCCUCGGCCUGGGGCUCCAUGCAAGUUCUCACCUUGUGGAGUUGCAAUGAUCAUGAGAACGGUGAGGAAUCAGCCCAGAACUACACGGGAUGAUCUUGUCAAUGAUCUCAAGGCAGCUGGGACCAAGAAAACAAUUGGUAACACACUACGCCGUGAAGGACUGAAAUCCUGCAGCGCCCGCAAGGUCCCCCUGCUCAAGAAAGCACAUAUACAGGCCCGUCUGAAGUUUGCCAAUGAACGUCUGAAUGAUUCAGAGGAGAACUGGGUGAAAGUGUUGUGUUCAGAUGAGACCCCAAGAACACCAUCCCCACCGUCAAACAUUAUGCUUUGGGGGUGUUUUUCUGCUAAGGGGACAGGACAACUUCACAACAUCAAAGGGACGAUGGACGGGGCCAUGUACCGUCAAAUCUUGGGUGAGAACCUCCUUCCCUCAGCCAGGGCAUUGAAAAUGGGUCGUGGAUGGGUAUUCCAGCAUGACAAUGACCCAAAACACACGGCCAAGGCAACAAAGGAGUGGCUCAAGAAGAAGCACAUUAAGGUCCAGGAGUGGCCUAGCCAGUCUCCAGACCUUAAUCCCAUAGAAAAUCUGUGGAGGGAGCUGAAGGUUCGAGUUGCCAAACAUCAGGCUCGAAACCUUAAUGACUUGAAGAAGAUCUUCAAAGAGGAUUGGGACAAAAUUCCUCCUGAGAUGUCUGCAAACCUGGUGGCCAACUACAAGAAACGUCUGACCUCUGUGAUUGCCGACAAGGGUUUUGCCACCAAGUACUAAGUCAUGUUUUGCAGAGGGAUCAAAUACUUAUUUCCCUCAUUAAAAUGCAAAUCAAUUAAUAACAUUUUUGACAUGCGUUUUUCUGGAUUUUUUUGUUGUUAUUCUGUCUCUCACUGUUCAAAUAAAUCUACCAUUAAAAUUAUAGACUGAUCAUGUCUUUGUCAGUGGGCAAACGUACAAAAUCAGCAGGGGAUCAAAUACUUUUUUCCCCUCUCGGUAUGACAAGGAUUGAAAACGAUUUGCCAGUAGAUUGUCGACUUGAUUCAUAAUGAUGACUGCUUGUCUAGCUUGCUCGCUAAGAUUUUUAAAGUAUGAUGUUGACAUGAUCAGUCCAAUCAACGCUACGGUAGAUAUAACGUGAUUUGCUGUAAUUUUAUCUGUGGCCAACGACCUUGAGCAGGUUUUUUUUGGGGGGUGGGGGGUGGGGGCUCUGUGCUUCUGUUUGUCACAGAUACCUUAAAAAGAAAGGUUAUUGGAUCAGAAAACCAGUCAGUAUAUGGUGUGACCACCAUUUGCCUCAUGCAGUGCGACACAUCUCCUUAGCAUACAGUUGAUCAGGCUGUUGAUUGUGGCCUUUGGAGAGUUGUCGUACUCCUCUUCAAUGGCUGUGCAAAGUUGCUGGAUAUUGGCGGGAACUGGAACACGCUGUCGUACACGUUGAUCCAUAGCAUCCCAAACAUGCUCAAUGGGUGACAUCUCUGGUGAGUAUGCAGGCCAUGGAAGAACUGGGACAUUUUCAGCUUCCAGGAAUUGUGUACAGAUCCUUGCGACAUGGGGCCUUGCAUUAUCAUGCUGAAUCCUGAGGUGAUGGCGGCGGUUGAAUGGCACGACAAUGGGCCUCAGGAUCUCGUUACAGUAUCUCUGUGCAGUCAAAUUGCCAUCGAUUAAAUGCAAUUGUGUUCAUUGUCCGUAGCUUAUGCCUACCCAUACCAUAACCCCACCGCCACAAUGGGGCACUCUGUUCACAACGGUGACAUAAGCAAACCACUCGCCCACACGAUGCCAUACAUGUGGUCUGCGGUUCCAGACACAAAUGAGAGAACACCUCACUCUCACCAUUUCACUCGCCCUAGCAGAGCUGGUUAGGCUGUUUGCAUGUUAUCUAGAGCGUUCGUGACUAACUGUUACUUUUUAAGCCUACGUUUACUGACACUGGUCAAAUUCAGCGGGUGUUGCGCAUUUGUAAAUUAAUCAGUUAUUCUGCGCUCUGGCACACUCAGACAAGAGUCCUCUGAAACCAGAGUAGAUAGCCAUAGGGAAUUUACGAACGCAGGAGAUAUGCCAACUGGAUAACAGUCGUUCAAGUUCAGCAUAGCUAGCUAGCUAGCUAGCUAGGAAAGCGAUUAACAUUUUUUGCUAGCUAACCAAAUUAGCUGUAGCCACCGAAAAACGAUAUGAGGGGAAAAAGUCGGUCACUCACCCACUCCUCCAAUGACAUGACAUCCUCCCAGCAGCUAGCUAGCUGACGUUAGGCUCUGUGUUUUUAGCUUGCUAAAUAAAGAGCUACAUAAAAAGAUAUGCAAGCCUAUUAGCCACGUUAUGACUGACUUGAUCAUUGUCCUUGCUAGUUUGAUUGUAUUGAAAUUCCCAGCCUUAGUUACAUUUGUCCAUUUUUGUCCAAAAUAUUGAGUCAUUGAAAUUGAAACAGUGCAUCCCGAAUGGGUGGAGGCAACAAACAAUGUACAAGUCCAGCUGUGAUUUACAACCUGAUAGCAAUAUUUUUUGGACUACCAAGAAAUGUAUUGGUGAAUUGUAUUAAUCAUGCAUUGAACUGCAUAGAUCUGUUCUGCCAACAAUGCCUUACUGUAUGUCAUGCAAUCUUUAGUCAAAUAUAAACUAUUUUGAAAACCUUUUCUAAAGUUGGUUUUGUAGCAUAAACUGGGAAUUUGACAUUUUUUACUGAUAUUAUGAUUGUCUGAUUGUUUCAUAUCUGCAAAGUAGUUAAAACGCUGUCAGUUCCACUUGAACCACUCCUGCUGUGCUGCAGGGCCAGAGAGCAUAGAUAUAGGAAUUUGCUGAGAAACUGCUGCUCCAAUAGAAAUCCCUGAUCAGGCUAUUCAGCAGUGUAAUGGCGGCAUUGGCUACCUUGUUGAGUCUCUUGGUUUGGAAACCUCUCUGGCAGGGUCCUAUUGUCAUGUGCUGGAGACCUAAUGUUACUAUGGACACAGCAUGAGCAAACCCGGGGUUAGGUGAGAUGUGAUCUCUGACCCUUUGACCAUCACCUGACCUCCGGUCCCUCUCCCCCUUAUUCACUCACUCAUUCACUCACUCACUCACCCUCUCUCUCUCUCGCUCUCUCUCUCUCUAUAUCCAUUCUCCCUUACUCCGUUUUGCUUUAGCCUUACCCACCACCUUGUGUUGGCACCCUCCCUCACUCCUUAUUUUAGCCUGUCUAGACACCCCUCAGUAUAGUGUAGUGUUGGUUUGGGAUGCAUUUUACUCUGUGUCCAUGUAUGCUGAGGAUUUAACCAUAUACAGUACGUGUCAGCAACCAUAGCUAUGGAUGUAGUCUAUCACAAUGCCAUCCGUUUUGUCACCAAAGCCCCAUAUACAACCCACCACUGUGACCUGUACGCUCUUGUUGGCUGGUCCUCACUACAUAUUCGUCGCCAAACCCACUGGCUCCAGGUCAUCUAUAAAUCACUGCUAGGCAAAUCCCCGCCUUAUCUUAGCUCAUUGGUCACCAUAGCAACACCCACCCGUAGUAUGCGCUCCAGCAGGUAUAUCUCACUGGUCAUCCCCAAAGCCAACACCUCCUUUGGCCGCCAUUCCUUCCAGUUCUCUGCUGCCAAUGACUGGAACAAACUGCAAAAAUCUCUGAAGCUGGAGACUCUUAUCUCCCUCACUAACUUUAAGCAUCAGUUGUCAGAGCACCUUACCGAUCACUGCACCUGUACACAGCCCAUCUGAAAUUAGCCCACCCAACUACCUCAUCCCCAUAUUGUUAUUUAUUUUGCUCAUUUGCACCCCAGUAUCUCUAUUUGCACAUCAUCUCUUGCAACAUCCAUCAUUCCAGUAUUAAUACUAAAUUGUAAUUAUUUUGCACUAUGGCCUAUUCAUUACCUUACCUCCAUAACUUGCUACAUUUGCACACACUGUAUAUAUAUUUUCUGUUGUAUUUUUGACUUUUUGACUUUAUGUUUUGUUUACCCCAUAUGUAACUCUGUGUUGUUGUUUUUUAUCGCACUGCUUUGCUUUAUCUUGGCCAGGUCGCAGUUGUAAAUGAGAACUUGUUCUCAACUGGUUUACCUGGUUAAAUAAAGGUGAAAUAAAUAAAUUAAAUAAAGUCACUGAAACCCUUAACAAGGAGUUGCAGUCAGUUUUGGAAUGGGUGGCCAGUAAUAAACUGGUCCUGAACAUCUCUAAAACUAAGAGCAUUGUAUUUAGUUCAAAUCAUUCCCCAAGCUCUAGACCUCAGCCGAAUAUGGUAAUGAAGGUGUGGCUGUUGAACAAGUUGAGGAGACAAAAUUACUUGGUGUUACCUUAGAUUGUAAACUGUCAUGGUCAAAACGUAUAGAUUCAAUGGUUGUACAGAUGGGGAGAGGUCUGUCCAUAAUAAAGAGAUGCUAUGCUUUUUUGACACCACACUCCAAAAAGCAAAUCUAAUCUAGAUUAUUGUCCAGUCAUGUGGUCAAGUGCUGCAAAGAAAGACCUAGUUAAGCUGCAGCUGGCCCAGAACAGAGCGGCACGUCUUGCUCUUCAUUGUAAACAGAGGGCUAAUAUAAAUACUAUGCAUGCCAGUCUCUAUUGGCUAAGAGUUGAGGAGAGACUGACUGUAUCACUUAUUUUUAUAAGAAACAAUGUGUCAAUUUACACACAGCUCUGACAGACACACUUACCCCACCAGACAUGCCACCAGGGGUCUUUUCACAGUCCCCAAAUCCAGAGCAAAUUCAAGAAAGUUUACGGUAUUAUAUAGAGCUAUUAUUGCAUGGAACUCCCUUCCAUCUCAUAUUGCUCAAAUGAACAGCAAAGCAGGUUUAAAAAAAACAGAUAAAGCAAAAACUCAUGGCACUACGCCUCUCCCGUAUUUGAAUGAGGUAUUUUGUGUGUAUGUAUUGAUAUGUAGGCUAUGUGUACCGUUUUUAAAUGUAUGUAGAUCUGUCGUUGAGCUGUUCUUGUCUAUUAAUGUUCUGUAUUAUGUCAUGUUUUGUGUGGAACAGCUAAUGGGGAUCCUAAUAAAAUACCAAAAUACCAAUACUCUAGCACCGCUUCCUUUUCAGGGCUCUGUGUCUCUCUCUCGACCAAGGGCUAGAGCUGAACCCUGCUAAUCAGGUCUGACCCCACUUCCUUUUCCUAUGUGUGAUGUAACUUCCUGUAUCUACCGUACACGUGAGGAGGUCCAGAAAGGUUGCAGUAAGAGUGACCCCAUCACUAUGCUGAAGGAACACAUGCUGUCCAACAACAUGGCUUCUGUGGAGGAGAUCAAGGUACACACACACACACACACACACACACAGGUGGUCCAAGUACACCAAUUAAUAUACAAUUUCUUUUAUUCUUUCCUCCUUCUCUUCUUCCUUCCGUUCUUCCUCCCUCCCUACAGGAGAUAGAUGUAGAGAUCAGAGAAGGUGAUCAAGGAUGCUGCCCAAUUUGCGAUCUCUGA